CCAGCUGCCCGCCACACGCGCCCAACACGCCCGCUCUGCUCCAUCGUCUCCAUCAGCCCAUCCAUCGAACCACCACCUAGCCAUCACCUACCCUUUCUCUUCCUCGGCCGAUCGAUCCAUGGCGCUGCUGGCACGGAGGUCGAGGAGGGCGGCGACCAAGGCGGCGGCGCCGGUGGCGGUGGAGCUGUCCAUCCCGGCGCACUUCCGGUGCCCGAUCUCGCUCGACCUCAUGCGCGACCCGGUCACGGCGCCCACGGGGAUCACCUACGACCGGGAGAGCAUCGAGGCGUGGCUCGACACCGGCCGCGCCGCCGUCUGCCCCGUCACCCACGCCCCGCUCCGCCGCGACGACCUCGUCCCCAACCACGCCAUCCGCCGCGUCAUCCAGGACUGGUGCGUCGCCAACCGCUCCCGCGGCGUCGAGCGGAUCCCCACGCCCAAGAUCCCCGUCACCCCCGUCCAGGCCUCCGAGCUCCUCUUCGAGGUCGCCGAGUCCGCGCGCGCCCGCGACCGCGGCGCGGCCGCCCGGUGCGCCGCCGCGGUCGCCAGGGUCAGGGCCCUCGCCAGGGAGAGCGAGAGGAACCGGCGCUGCUUCGCGUCCAUCGGCACUGGCCGCGUGCUCGCCGCGGCGCUCGAGUCGCUCGCGGCGGGCGGCGGCGAGCCAGCCGGGGGUGUUCUUGAGGACGUUCUCGCGGCAUUGGUCCGCAUGGCGCCGUUGGACGGGGAGACCGCCAGGAUCUUGGGAUCGCCGCGCUCGCUGGGCUCGUUGGUCGCGAUCGCCGAGAAUGGAAGCUUGGCGGGUAGGCUCAACGCCGUGAUGGCGAUCAAGGAGGUCGUGUCCUCGUGCGACGGAGCAUGCACGGAUUUGGGCGUGAAAGCCGACGACAUCGUGGACGCGCUGGUCAAGAUCAUCAAGGCUCCCAUCUGCCCACAGGCUACCAAGGCAGCCAUGGUCGCCGCCUACCAUCUGGCGCGCUCCGACGAGCGCGUCGCGGCGCGCGUAGCCAGGACCGGUCUCGUGCCGGUGCUCGUCGAGUCCCUCGUCGACGCCGACAAGAGCGUGGCAGAGAAGGCGCUGGCGUUGCUCGACGCCGUGCUCGCGUCGGAGCAAGGCCGCGAGAGCGCGCGCAUGCACGCGCUCACCGUGCCCAUCCUCGUCAAGAAGAUGUUCCGCGUGUCCGACCUGGCCACCGAGCUCGCCGUCUCGGCGAUGUGGAGGCUCGGCAAGAACGCGGGGGGCGACGAGGGCGCAGCGACGAAAUGCCUGGUAGAGGCGCUGCGGGUCGGAGCCUUCCAGAAGCUGCUGCUUCUCUUGCAGGUUGGCUGCAGGGACGCAACCAAGGAGAAGACCACCGAGCUGCUCAGGAUGCUCAACAAGCACAAAGGCGUAGGGGAAUGCGUCGACGCCAUGGACUUCAGAGGGCUCAACAAGCUGUCCUGAAUCACAACUUGUGUAAAGAAACAUUGUAGGAUAGAUGGAUGUGUAAGCUAGCAGAUUGGUAGGAUAGUUGGAUGUAAAUUCUUCUCCCUUUUUGCGUUUGCCAGGUGUUAGCUAGAUUCAAACUUUUUUUUUUUUUAGAAACGCUUGAACGCUACUUGAGAAACAAAUAAAAGGCUUAAGUACAAUGCAACUGUCGAUAGAUCUUCCCGCUGCUUGAGAUCUUGUUAUCAAACUUCUUAUAUAUUCAUAAUACUGAACUUCUUUUACUUACCACUAAAUAUAUUCUUUUGGUGAUAUUUUUACAUUUUAAAUAAUAUUUUAAAAUCUUACUUGUUGAACGAACAUAAUUGUUCAUAUAUAUUAAGUUACACAUUUCCAUGCAAUUCUAGCAUUAAUAAUUGAAAGUACAUCUUUUGACCAAAACUAUAUCUAAGUUAUAUUUUGUUGAUUAUUUAUAUUUUGGGUGUUCUUUGAGAUAAUAUUUAGUCCAAAUAAAAUUAACUCUAAAUCCAAGCAAAAAAAAGUAUGGCAUCACUCGACAUCCAUCCGUUAAUGUGUUCAAAUAUAUUUUUGUGGUAUUUGUCCGUAGUUUAUUAUGCACAAAACUUGAUAAAGUGUUGUCGAGUGUAUGAAAAAAAAAUAUGCUAGAUGGUUCUCGAGUAUAAUAGUAUCAAGUUUGGGCAUAAUUAGAUCGUGAAUUCAAAAAGUGUACGGGGUCUCACCAAAUAAUAUGUUCAAACCGCAUUCUGAGCAUCAAAUGCGCAUAAGAGAUUGCAAGAUACCCAUGUAUAUGGCAGAUCAGGCAACAAUGUGAAAUCAUCGUACAUUUAAGUAAGAUAUGCCGUGAAUAACUAACAUACGGACCUAGAUGAGGAACCAUUGAUACACAUCGAAUGACAAAUGCGACCCACGCAAUGCAUCCAAUGUUCCAAUCAACUCCAGCUCCGUAUUCUCAGGGAGCUUGGAUUCUUUGAAGAUUAGAAAUACA